CAGAUCGAAGGUGCAGCGAAUAAGAGCUGCCGGGGUCCGAGUAUAUGGGACAGGUUCACGCAUAAGUUUCCAGAUAGGAUUGCGGACGGAACAACAGGAGAUCAGGCGAUUAAUUCCUUUGAAUUCUUUGAGGAUGAUAUCAAUAGAAUGAAAGCCAUGAACAUGGAAGCUUACCGAUUCUCCAUCUCAUGGUCAAGAGUCAUCCCUCAUGGUAAGAGACGUCGAGGGCUGAGCACAGAAGGGCUCGAGUUCUACGACAAGGUCAUCGACCGGACAAUCGCCGCCGGCAUGAAGCCCUACGUCACGAUCUUCCACUGGGACACUCCCCAGGCGCUCGUCGACGAGUACGGCGGAUUCUUGAGCCGCAACAUUGUCGACGACUUUCGAGACUACGCCGACUUGUUGUUCGAGAGAUACGGCGACAAGGUGGAGAAGUGGAUCACUCUGAACGAGCCGUGGACCUACGUCGUAAAAGGGUUCGAGGAAGGCGUGUUCGCGCCGGGGCGAUGCUCCGACUGGGUGAACCGAGCGUGCCAGGCCGGCGACUCGGCCGUCGAGCCGUACCGAGUCGCUCAUCACCUCCUUCUGGCUCAUGCCGAGGCCGUGAAGUUAUACCGUGAAAAGUAUAAGGGACGCAAACUCGGAGAGAUCGGGAUAACACUUGUAACGUUCUGGUUCGAGCCUUACUCUGAUUCCCAAGCAGACAAUGAUGCAGCUGAAAGAGCCAUGGACUUCAUGUUUGGUUGGUUUAUGAACCCUGUCACGUAUGGUCACUAUCCAAGGACGAUGAAGGACUUGCUAGGGCAAAGACUGCCUGAGAUCCUGGCCCACGAGGCCGAUAUGCUCAGAAACUCGUACGAUUUCCUCGGCCUCAAUUACUACACCACUUACUACGCCAAGGACAACCCUAAUCUCAACCUUCUUAAGCUCAGAUACGCGACCGAUUCUCGUGUCAUCCAGACUCCUAUCAAAGACGGGAAACCGAUUGGCGAAAAGGCUUCAUCUUGGUUGUACAUCUAUCCUGAGGGGAUCAGGAAACUCCUGAGUUACACCAAGCGCACGUACGGGAGUCCAAUUAUCUACAUCACUGAGAAUGGGGUUUCUGAAGAAGACGAUCCAACGACAUCGAUAGUAGAGGCGACCAACGACAAGCGAAGGAUAAAAUACUACCACAAGCAUCUCCACAAUGUCCUGGAGGCCAACAAGACGGAUAAGGUGGACGUGAGAGGAUACUUCGCGUGGUCGUAUGCCGACAACUUCGAGUGGGCCGACGGGUACACUAGCCGGUUCGGUCUCUACUACAUCGACUUCAAGGAUCCAAAAUUUGCCCGGAUCCCGAAGAGCUCGGCUUGCUGGUUCAAGCGAUUCCUCCAGACCCCUUCGCCACAUGCCUCACAGGAUAACGAUGAUCAAGAGCUCAUCCUUCUGCCGGUCUCUGGAAUCGUGAAUCGUGCUCUUCCACGUGCUCUCCGUUUUUCGUACUAA